CGGGGCGCGAGCCGGAAGCGGCGCCGGGGGCGGCUUUCCGCGGCGGCGGCUUCCGCGAUGGAGGCCGCGGGGUCGGGCCCGGCCUCGGCGGCGGCGGGGCGGCCGCUGACGGAGGAUGAGAUGGCCGACGUGAAGAAGGAGGCUCUAGAAAGGAUGCGACCUUACUUGUGUGACAAGAUUAUAGCUGAGAGACACUUUGAUUACCUACGUUCAAAGAAAAUACUCACCAGAGAGGACACAGAAGAGAUCUCUUCUCGAUCUUCCAGUAGGAAAAAAACUGGGAAGUUGUUGGACUACUUAGCAGAAAACCCAAAGGGACUAGAUGCUUUGAUUGAAUCUAUCAGGCGAGAAAGAACACAAAACUUUCUGUUACAAAAGAUAACUGAUGUAGUGUUGAAAGUCAAAAAUGAAAAACUUGAAGCUCUCAAAGGUCUAAGCUGUAGCACCUGCACGACCUCACUGUAUGAAGGAACGAAUAAUCUUUCUAGAUCGUAUUCUGAUGAAUCUAAUUUUUUUGAUAAAACAAAAGACAAAGAAUCAACCCAGAUGCAUCAUCCGGAAGAAGAUUAUAGCACUGCUGCAUUUAUGUCUGCUGUCUCUCUUCAUUCCAUGAAUUUACCAAUUGCAGAGACGGGAAAUGCAGAGAGUGUGGUUUUCUCAGCCACCCUUCCAGGCCCUGGAGACCCUGGUGCACCCCCUCUCCCACCAGAGCUCCAGUCAGAACAGCAAGAACCAUCUACUAGUUCAAGUGACAAUUGCUUUUUGCCUCUAAGAUCACGUUCUCUUCAACCUUAGUGAACUUAGUGACUUUUGUCUAUUCAUCCAGAGGGUACUGAAACAGCCUAUGAUGUCUUAUAAGGGUAAAAAAAAAAAAAAAAUGUUUUCAAACUGUUUAUUUGUGAAAUCAGAGGAAACAGUCCAUGCUAUUUGCUGUUUUUUAACAUUUUUUUUGUAAUCGGGUGACUACCUGCUUGAUUUCAUGUUAUUUAGGAAGCUUUUACAAGAAAAAAAUGAUGAUACUGCGCCAGCAAAGUUUUGUGAUUUUUUUUAACAAUAUAUUUAAGAUUUCAUGUUUAGUUGCAGACAUUUAAGCUGCAGUUUACAGAACAGUAACUAAGAAACCUGGUGUUCUUAGCCUUUCUGUGACAGGUGAAAGGCAAAGGUGGUUAGGAAAAGUACUGAGUAUUGAAAUUAACUUCCUGAACUAAACGCUUUAGCUCGCUUGCAGAAAAGCUUGACCUCAUUUGCCAAAUUAAAUAUUUCUCUGUAGGAUAAAGUCUGUCCUCAAUGUAUGUAUAUUAUGUGCAAAAAGUAUUUCCAUUUGCAAAGAACAAAUCUGACCAAAUCUGUUGAUAUGCUUACUUGCAAGAAGUCUUAGUUUUUUGAACUUUUUGUCUACCAGUACAUUGAAAGGUACUCAGCAUCACAUAUACUUCCACAAGCCUUAACAUAUAAUUCUUGUAUAUUAUUGAGAGAUUUGUGAUUUGAGAUGCACUUUAAAUAUAAAUUCUCAUUAAUACUGGUAAAGGAACCUAAACUGCUGUAACCCCAUCAUGUGGGCUGUGAGAAAAUGCUGUUGUAUAAUGCUGUUAAGGACUAAUGCUUGUAUGUUUUGUCCCAGUAGGUAAGUAGAGGAGUCGUGUAGCAGGAAAGCAUCCUUAACUGGAGGAUUCUUGGAAAUGUUGCACUUAAGAUACAUACUCCUCAAGGCAGAUAGACACGUUUACAUUUCAAAUUGCUUAGUCAAAGGUAUUUAAACCAUUUGAGCAUGGGAAGGUUCUCAUAUUUCUUGACACAAUAUAACAUGCUAUAUUCCUCUCAUACUCUACUCUUGAGUUGUAAUCUACUUUUUAUGAAGGUGGCCUUUAAUCACUUUAAAAUUAUUAGACAAAAACAAACUCUUCCUUGGAAAUGUCUACAGUUACGUUCUGCAAAACUACACUUCAGUAGUUUCAGUAUAUCAAAAGGUAGGUUUGUAUUUAAGGUCUUAAUUAUUUGGGCUCAUAUACAGUUCUGUAGCUGUAUAAUUCCAUUCAAAUUCAAAGCCAGGGUAAUAAUUUGGGGCAGUAACCCUAAAUUGUGCUCUCCUUUUGAUGUCCUGCAGAAGGCCUCUCUAAAUUUUUAUUUCAUGAUUGCUAUGGUUUUGGAAGUAGGUUAAAAUAAACUGGACAGAUCAAUUAUACUCUGUAUUCAGUAUGUGAAUAGCUUACAUUUGCUAAAGAUGUGGGCUUCUGUUUAGUGUUUAUAAAAUCCUUGAUUUUCUGGUAUACAUCUAAGGUGACAGACUGUCAGGAUGGUGCAAGUGCUUGUAAAUGAAACUUCAGUACAGAAGGCACUCUGGGAUUUAAGUACCUAAAUACAAGGAAAAUCUUGCUCUCUAUCGUGAACUGGAGGGUAGGUGUAAAUCUCUCUUCCACUAACUUGAACUAUAGUUGCAUGUACUCAGGAUGUAUAAAAGUUGGUUUAAAUAUCCCUUUGUUCACUAUAAACCAUUUGAGUUGCACUUGUGUUCUCAAACUUUUUUUCCCCUCCUUGUUUUAACCUCCUUAGAAGCUUAGUUUUGGGUCUGUUCUUGGAUUCUCGUAAAUGGAGGGGAGUAAGUAAGGGACGGAGAGCAAGCUUGGCCUUAGCUGAAAGAGCAUCAGCUCGAGGUAAAAAACACGUUGCAGUUCUAAAUCAGAACUUGCAUUGUUUGCCGCCUGCCACACAGCACAGUGUGCAGUAGGCCUGCCUAUACAGGGAUUACUCCUGUAAUGGAGCCUGUUAACCUGAGACUUUAAAUGAAUGUAUUAUCUUACCUAUGUUUGUAAGGUGCAUUUUUUAAAAAAAAAUAUUUUUAGCACAACUUUUGGAAUAAAUUCUUUUGUAUAAUU